ACCUAAAUCUGAAACGACAUACGAAAAUGCUCCAUUCUUUGCUAUUCCUGCAACCUUCGGAAAAUUUUAGGACUAUUCACUCUUUCGUUCAUACUGUAUCUUCGUCAUGGAUCUAGAUCAGCCUGUGGGAGAAAACUACACCAAUCCAAAGACAUGCUUCUUUCAUGUUCUCUUCAAGGCUGCAGCAUUGGCAUUCUACAUACUUUCGGCUCUAUUUUUUGAUAGCUUUGUUGUUAUCUUUGUGGUCACUGUUGUUUUAGCUGCUUUUGAUUUUUGGGUUGUAAAGAAUGUUAGUGGCCGUAUUUUAGUUGGGUAUAGGUGGUGGAAUGAAAUAAAUGAGCUGGGUGAAAGUGUGUGGAAGUUUGAAUCCCUUGACCAACAGUCAUUGGCUCGCAUAAACAAGAAAGAUUCAUGGCUAUUUUGGUGGACAUUGUAUCUAACUGCUGCUGCUUGGAUAAUCUUUGGAAUCUUUUCAAUCAUCAGGUUUGAGCCUGAUUAUCUCCUAGCAGUGGGAGUUUGCUUGAGCCUUAGCCUUGCCAACAUUGUUGGAUUCACCAAAUGUCGUAAAGGUAUGGAUUGAUGACUUAUAUUAAGUUCCAAAAUG